GCUGUUUCUCUCGGUCCUUCUAUCAUUGCACCUCAUUUUUGGAUCUCGGGUGUGUGUGUAUGUUUAUCUCAGAGUUGAACCUAUAAAUAUGUGUUCUCUACUCCACCAGAGGAUCCAAUCAAGUGUUCUUCAGGGAACACAACCUGCACCAUCACAAACUCCUAUGGCAUGUUUCCCGAUCGAAGCAUCUGCCAUGUCUCUCAGGUGCUGUACCCCACAACAGAGCAAGAGCUUCUGUCGAUGGUUGCAUCCGCAGCCAGAAGCAAAACGAAGAUGAAAGUGGCGACCCGUUUUUCGCACAGCAUCCCGAAGCUGGUGUGCCCAGAAGGCGAAAAUGGGGUGCUGAUAAGCACAAGAUACCUGAACAAGAUAGUGAAGGUUGAUGUGGAAGCAAGAACAAUGGUUGUGGAGAGUGGUGUGACAUUGAAGGAUCUUAUCAGUGAGGCUGCAAAAGCAGGGUUAGCCUUGCCAUAUGCACCAUACUGGUGGGGUUUGACCAUUGGAGGGCUCAUGGGAAGUGGUGCACAUGGAAGCACUUUGUGGGGGAAGGGAAGUUCUGUUCAUGAUUAUGUGCUGAACCUUAGGAUUGUUAGGCCUGCUUCUCCUCAAGAAGGUUAUGCUAAGGUUGAGAACCUCGAUCAACAACAUGAAGAUCUCAAUGCAGCCAAAGUCUCACUCGGGGUGCUUGGAGUUAUCUCACAGAUUACUCUAAAACUAGAAGGUAUCUUCAAGCGAUCCAUCACGUAUGUCGCAAAAAAUGAUUCAGAUUUGGGAGAACAAGUUGCUUCUUUUGGUUAUGCUCAUGAGUUUGGUGAUAUAACGUGGUACCCAAGUCAACGUAGGGCUGUGUAUCGUGUUGAUGAUCGUGUGCCAAUUAAUGCAUCGGGCAAUGGUCUUUACGACUUUAUCCCCUUCCGUCCCACUCCUUCUCUUGCAUUGGCAAUCCUAAGAACCACAGAAGAUGUUCAAGAAUCUGCUGGUGAUGCCGAUGGGAAGUGCAUAAAUGCUAAGACCACAACGAAUACACUCAUCACCUCUGCAUAUGGACUUACUAACAAUGGUAUAAUCUUCACCAAAUACCCUGUAAUUGGAUUUCAGAACCGACUUCAGGCAUCUGGGACAUGCUUGGAUAGUCUUAAAGAUGCAAAGAUCACAGCAUGUGCCUGGGAUUCCACGGUGAAGGGAGAGUUUUUUCACCAAACCACAUUCAGCAUUGGCUUGUCAGUUGUGAAAGAUUUCAUUGAAGAUGUGCAGAAGCUGGUUGAAUUGGAGCCAAAGGGGUUGUGUGGCUUAGAGCUUUACAAUGGAAUUCUGAUGCGUUAUGUGAAGGCUUCAAAUGCCUACUUGGGGAAGCAAGAGGAUGCUUUAGACAUUGAUAUCACCUACUAUCGUAGCAAGGACCCUAUGAGUCCUAGGCUCUAUGAAGACAUUGUUGAAGAGAUUGAGCAACUUGGGAUUUUCAAAUAUGGAGGGUUACCUCAUUGGGGUAAGAAUAGGAAUUUGGCGUUUGAAGGAGCCAUCAAGAAGUACAAAAAUGCAGAGAAAUUUUUGAGGGUUAAAGAGAAGUAUGAUUCAGAAGGGCUUUUCUCAAGUACGUGGACAGAUCAAAUGCUUGGGCUAAAAGAUGGGGUGACAAUAGUGAAGGAUGGAUGUGCUUUAGAAGGCUUGUGCAUUUGCUCACAGGAUAGUCAUUGCAAUCCAAGCAGAGGGUACUAUUGCAGAGCAGGAAAAGUUUACAAGGAAGCAAGGGUUUGUACUCAUUUGAAAUCCAAAUGAGACCAAAGUUUACAGAAAAUGAUCCAUUUAUACUGUGUGAUAAGUGAUGAUAUUUAUAGCUGUAAUUUACAUAUACCAAAUGAUUAAUAAACACACUGUGAUGCAUACAAAGUUGAAAGGUUAAGUUAUUUAUUGGUGUACUAGCUAGGACUAGUUAUGUGAAAGGUCAUGUAGUAACUAUUUAGUGAAGGUGAACUAUAAUUUGUGACAGCAAAUACAAGGUUUCAUUUCUUUCCUA